AUGAAAAAAAAAAUUUAGAUUUAAGCAAUUAAUGUUCCUGGUCAAAAUAACUCAAUGGUAAUGGAAAUGAAUUAAACUAAUGUAUUUUAUUUAAAAGCUUAAAAAUUUGUUGCAGGUAAUUAAAUUUCUGUAUAUCUAUUAUUAUUCAGGCAUUUUGAAGGGAAUUAAUCAAAUUAAGUAUGCAUUUUUUUCUAAAUUAAAAAAUUAAAUGUCCAAAUCAAGAUAUUAAUGAAAUAGAUUUGUAUUUACAUCUGAUUUAAUUAAGAAAGUAGUUUUAGGAGAAGUAGUUGGAGCUGUAAAUGCUGGUGAAGGAUAAAUUUAUAAAGCAACUUAAUAAAUAUUGGAAUAAAGCUAGAAUAAGGUAACUUAGUUAGAGAAUGAAUUAAGGACUUGAAAUCAGAAAUAUUAAAAUUAUAAAAUACAUUAAGAAUUGAAAAAAAUAAUUUCAAUAAUUAAAUUAAAGAAUAUUAAGAGGAAAUUUAAGAAUUACAAAAAGAAUAAUAAUCGUUAAAAGGGUAAUUUGAUAACAAAGUCGAAUAGGAGGAACUAUAAAGAGCUGAAAUAAUUUAAAAAUAUAAAGUUAUGAUGACUGCUAAUAUUAAUUUGAAAAAUGAACUAUUGUAAAAAGAAAAUCUAUAUGAAGAAUUAAUGUAUCAAUUAAAAGUAUCUUAAGCAGAAAGAAAGUUCUACGAAGAUUAAAUAGAAAAAGAAAAUGAAGGAAGACAAAAAUUAAUAUAAGGGAAUAAUUUUUAUAUUUAAUAAUUCCGAUAAGAAGUUUAAAAGAUUACAAUAGGAACAAUAAUUUGAAAGAAAAAAAGAUAAACAAGUGAUAUCUUAAUUUUAAAAGCAGAUAUAAAAAUAUAAAAUAAAUUAUAAUUUAAUUUAAAAAUGA